UCAGCUAAUUAACAACACACCAAUGGCAACCAUAACUCAAGCAUCAAGUUUCUUGAGUUACCAAAAAGGAAGAAGAAUCACAAGGUCAACCAUCCAAAUGCCCAAGAAACUUAAUACAGAUCCUCUUAGUCUCCCCAAACUCCCCUCUCAAUCUCAUGGAGUCUCGUCUGGAGUUCAAGAUUUAAGGUCUAAAACCAGCUUGAAUCAAGAAACAACUGAUCCAGUGGCAGUAGUUGAAAAGCUUUACUUGAUCAUGGAGGUGGUGGCCGAUAGGGUGGAGAUGCACAAGAACAUUGGAGAGCAAAGAAACAACUGGAACAGUCUCCUCUUGACGUCGAUCAACGCCAUCACUCUUUCAGCUGCAACUAUGGCUGCGAUUGCUGCACAUCAUGGUGCAUAUGUGGACGUCCUCAAGCUUUCUUCUAGCUUCAUGUAUAUUGCUGUCACCGGCAUGUUGAUUGUUAUGAACAAGAUUCAGCCAUCCCAAUUGGCUGAAGAACAAAGAAACGCUGCUAGGUUACUGAAACAACUCCAUGGUCAAAUCCAGACCAAACUUGCUGUUUCUACUCCAACACUCGACUAUGUAAAUGCAGCCAUGGCGGAAGUUUUGGCAAUUGAUAGAGCAUACCCACUUCCUCUACUUGGUGUUAUGCUUGAAAAGUUCCCAGCCAAGGCACAAGCCGCGGUUUGGUGGCCGGAAAAGCCAAGUAAUCCUGCGAAAGGGAAAAGAGGUAAAAACGGUUGGAACGAGGGUUUGGAAGAUGAAAUGAAAGAGAUUAUUAGGGUUUUGGAGAUGAAGGAUAAAGCUGAUUACUUGAGGCUGGAUGAGAAAUUCUUGAUGCUCAACAAAAUGUUGGCUUUAUCGGGUCCAUUGUUAACGGGUGUCGGAGCUAUUGGUUCAGCCUUUCUUGGAUCAUCUUAUCAUGAUCCUUGGGCUGUGGUAGCUGGAGUUGCAUGUGGGGUGGUGGCGACGGUGGUGAAUAGCAUAGAGCAUGGAGGACAGGUUGGGAUGGUGGUGGAAAUGUACCGAAGCAAUGCCGGAUUCUUUGGAAUGGUGGAAGAGUCGAUAGAAUCAAAUCUGAAGGAAGAAGAUGUUGAGAAAAGAGAUGAUGGAGAGUUGUUUGAGAUGAAGCUGGCUUUGCAGCUUGGAAGAAGUAUACAAGAACUCAGGGAUCUCGCUGCUUCCACUACAACAAAUGAAAAGGACAUGAAAGAGUUUGGAAGCAAGCUCUUCUAGUAUUUACUUUAUUGUUAGUUCUUGUAGUUGAUCAUCUUGUAACAUAAAUAAUCUCUCUUUUGAACAAUGGUUUUAUGUUUUGUAAUUGAAGUCCUUUAGGUGUUGAGGC